AGGAUGAUGGAGGCAUCCACAGGGUUUGCGGAAGCAGAGGCCUUGAGCCCAGAGCAGACUGCCCAUUACCUGAGGUAUGUGAAACAGGCCAAAGAAGCCACUAAGAAUGGAGAUCUGGAAGAAGCACUUAAACUUUUCAAUUUGGCAAAGGACAUUUUUCCCAAUGCAAAGGUGCUGAGCAGAAUCAGAAAAAUACAGGAAGCCUUGGAGGAGUUGGCAGAACAUGGAGAUGAUGAAUUCACAGAUGUGUGCAACUGUGGCCUGCUGCUUUAUCGAGAACUGCACAACCAACUAUUUGAGCACCAGAAGGAAGGUGUAGCUUUCCUUUAUAGCCUGUAUAGGGAUGGAAAAAAAGGUGGUAUUUUGGCAGAUGAUAUGGGAUUAGGGAAGACUGUUCAAAUUAUUGCUUUCCUUUCUGGUAUGUUUGAUGCUGCACUUGUGAAUCAUGUACUGCUGAUCAUGCCAACUAGUCUUAUUAGCACGUGGGUAAAAGAAUUUGUCAAGUGGACUCCAGGAAUGAGAGUCAAAGCCUUUCAUGGACCUAGCAAGGAUGAACGUACCAGAAACCUCAAUCGGAUUCAACAAAGGAAUGGUGUCAUUAUCACCACAUACCAAAUGUUAAUCAAUAAUUGGCAGCAGCUUUCAAGCUUGAAUGGCCAAGAGUUCGUGUGGGACUAUGUUAUCCUUGAUGAAGCACAUAAAAUAAAAACCUCAUCCACCAAGUCAGCAAUAUGUGCUCGUGCUAUCCCUGCAAAGAAUCGCAUCCUCCUCACAGGAACGCCAAUCCAGAAUAAUUUACAAGAAUUGUGGUCCUUGUUUGAUUUUGCUUGUCAAGGGUCCCUACUAGGGACAUUAAAAACUUUUAAAAUGGAGUAUGAAAAUCCUAUUACUAAAGCAAGAGAGAAGGAUGCUACCCCGGGGGAAAAAGCCUUGGGAUUUAAAAUAUCUGAAAACUUAAUGGCAAUCAUAAAACCCUAUUUUCUCAGGAGGACUAAAGAAGAGGUACAGAAGAAAAAGUCAAGCAACCCAGAGAUCAGACUUAGUGAAAAUAAUCCAGAUGUUGAUGCCAUUUGUGAAAUGCCUUCCCUUUCCAGGAAAAAUGACUUAAUUAUUUGGAUACGUCUUGUACCGUUACAAGAAGAAAUAUACAGGAAAUUUGUAUCUCUAGAUCAUAUCAAGGAGUUGUUAAUGGAGACACGCUCACCUUUGGCUGAGCUAGGUGUCUUAAAGAAGUUGUGUGAUCAUCCUAGGUUGCUGUCUGCACGGGCUUGUUGUUUACUCAAUCUAAGGGGUCCCAAAUUCUCUUCUCAAAAUGAAAAUGAGGGAGAAGAGUCUUCAGAUGUGGCCCAUAUUGAUCAAGUAACUGAUGAUACAGUGAUAAAAGAAUCUGGAAAAAUGAUCUUCCUAAUGGACCUACUUAAGAGACUGCGGGAUGAAGGGCAUCAAACUCUGGUCUUUUCUCAAUCAAGACAAAUUCUAAACUUCAUUGAACAUGUCUUAAAGAAUAGACACUUUAAGACACUGCGAAUUGAUGGAACAAUUACUCAUCUUUUGGAACGAGAAAAAAGAAUUAAUUUAUUCCAGCAAAAUAAAAAGUACUCUGUUUUUCUGCUUACCACUCAAGUUGGUGGUGUUGGUUUAACAUUAACUGCAGCAACUCGAGUGGUCAUUUUUGACCCUAGCUGGAACCCUGCAACUGAUGCUCAAGCUGUGGAUAGGGUUUACCGAAUUGGACAAAAAGAAAAUGUUGUGGUUUAUAGGCUAAUCACUUGUGGGACUGUAGAGGAAAAAAUAUAUAGAAGACAAAUUUUCAAGGACUCAUUAAGAAGACAAACUACUGGUGAUAAGAAGAACCCUUUCAGAUAUUUCACUAAACAAGAAUUAAGAGAGCUCUUUACAAUAGAAGAUUUUCAGAACUCUGCAACCCAGCAGCAGCUUCAGUCUUUGCAUGCUGCUCAGAGAAGAUCUGAUAAGAAACUGGACGAACAUAUUGCCUACCUGCACUCUUUGGGAAUAGCUGGAAUCUCAGACCAUGAUUUGAUAUACACACAUGAUCUAGCUGUCAAAGAAGAGCUUGAUGUGACAGAAGAAUCUCAGUAUAUUCAACAAAGGGUUCAAAAAGCUCAAUUCCUAGUUGAAUUAGAGUCUCAAAAUACAGAGCUCCUGAUGGAAAGACAAAGAACAGUAAAUGAAGGGGCCUGGCCUAGAGAACCUGUGUUUCCUUCUCAAACAAAGAAGAAAUGCCCUGAAUUAAAUAAACCACAGUUUCGGCCUUCAGCUCUUAUAACUACUCAUCAUACCCAGGAAGAAGAUAUCAGUUUCCAAAUGGCAAGUGUAAUCAUCGAUGAUCUGGCUGAAGACAGCGAGAAACAAGAUCUCUCCAGUAUAAAGAUGAACACUUCUGUCCUUCAAGAUGGUAGGCACACAUAUGAAAAUAACUUUGAUGCCGAGUUUGCGGCGACUUUACCCAGAGGGUAUGGAGGUGUAGAAGAAAUUUGCACUGAUUCUUUAUUGGAAAUGACAAAAAGCUUUACAACUGACAAUGAGGCUCUACAAAAGGAGGCAUUGCAAGAGAACCCUCAGGGAAGUUUUAACUAUUUACUUAACAAAUCAAUCAAAACUGAUCUUGGGCCAAAUCUAGAUCAACUAAAGGAUGAUGAAAUUCUACAUCACUGCAAUCUAUGGCCCAUUAAUCAUACAAUAAAUAAAAAUACAGAAUUGAAUACAUCCAUUAUUGAAAUAACUGAUGAUUUGUCAGCAUCCCAUAGUGCUCUGCAGGAUGCUCAAGCAAAUGAGGUGAAGUUGGGAGAGGAACCUUUAGCAUCUUCACCACAGUAUGCAUGUCAUUUCAACCUUUUCUUGGAAGACUCUGCAGACAAUGGACAAAAUCUUUCCCGUCAAUCUUUGGAGCAUGUUGAGAAAGAAAACAGCUUGUGUAGUUCAGCAGCUAAUUCUAGAGCAGAGUUUGUGCAUAACAACAAAGCAUGUCUCAGUUUGGAUUUUUCUGAGAAAGAUGAUGAACCAGAAGAAGUAAUAGUUAAUGUGAAAAUCAGAAGUAAAGCUAGAAGGAUUGUUUCAGAUGGUGAAGAUGAAGAUAAUUCUUUUAAAGAUAUUUCAAGCACAAAUCCAUUCAACACAUCUCUCUUUCCAUUCUCAUCUGUGAAACAAUUUGAUGCUUCAACUCCCAAAAAUGACAUCAGUCCACCUCAAAGGUUUUUUUCACCUAAAAUAGCUGACAGUGGAAACAAGACUAUAAACUCUAGACGAUCUCUGGCUUCUAGGAGGUCUCUUAUCAACGUGGUUUUAGACCAUGUGGAGGAUAUGGAGGAAAGACUUGACAACAGCAGUGAAGAAACAGGCAUUGACGAUUAUCUGGAAGAAAGAGCAGAGGAAAGCAGUGGAGAAGCCUCAGAGUACACAGAAGAGGAUCCUUCCAGAGAAAAGCUGUCUUCAGAAAAUAAGUCCAGCUGGUUAACUACAUCUCUAGCUCAGGAAACCUCAACUGGUGACCCUGAGCCUUUGUCUGGUAAACAGUUGGUUGAUUCUCCUCAGGAUAAGGCAGUGGAGGAUGCGAAUGAGUAUGAGGCUCUUGUAAUGCGUGGGAAAGAACUGCAAGAGUGUGGAAAAAUACAAGAAGCCCUAAACUGCUUAGUUAAAGCACUUGACAUAAAAAGCGCAGAUCCUGAAGUCAUGCUCAUGACUUUAAGUUUGUAUAAGCAACUUAAUAAAACUUGAGAAUAUGACCUGUUUACUGCAUUUUAAAGUGAAACUGAGUAUGGGGUAAUUUGUGUUUCUCUAAUUGGAUUCUUUGGGAACAUCGCUUAAGCGAGAGGGAGCUCAAAAGAGCACAUUUUUGUUUCUCUUUUGUAAAUUCUGUAUUUAUCCCUCCCACCCCCAGAAUACAUACAUACUGGUAUUCUCAGCACUAGGUUAGUAUUUCUUCACUCAGCUAUUCUUAUAUAUUUCUUUUAGGCAUAUGCAAUAAACUUAAUAGAACUAUGUUAUUUCUAGAAAGGUUUUUGUAAAAAUAUUCUGGCCAUUCUUAAUUUUACUCUGAAAGUGAUUGAUUGCCUUUGUAUAUCACACUUCAGAUAACAAAAUUAAAGUUACUUUUUCAAGUAUUUUUUUCCGUUCAUUUUCUU